GUAUACCACGCUUUUGGAAAGAAGCGCCAACAAGGAAAGCGAAGAGUUUUAGGACCCCAGCAGCUGUAGCAUCCUUGCCACUGUUUAAAGCGCUGAUAAUCUGCAAAAUAUCGUCUUGAUGAAGAAGCGUGGACCCAGCAGCACUGCCAAGCUUUACUUGGCUGGGUACAAUGUUGUGCAGUGUGCUGGCUGGGGAUAUGUCCUGUACAGUACCCUCGCCUACCUCCUGGAACACAAGACAUACACUGGAUUAUGGACUCAUGUUGCUCAAGCAACGCAGCUCUUUCAGACGUUUGCACUUCUCGAGGUGGUACACUGUCUCAUUGGCAUUGUAGCUUCUAAUUGGUUUUUGACAUUGAUCCAAAUCUUGUCACGCCUGAUGGUAGUUUGGGGAAUUCUUGUUCCCGUACCUGAGUCACAAAACCAGUAUGGCAUCGUCAUGCUUCUAGUUGCAUGGUGCAUAGCAGAAAUCACAAGAUACUCAUUCUACGGACUGACACUGUACAAUGCCUGCCCCUACGGUUUAACAUGGUGCAGGUACUCCUUCUUCCUCGUGCUGUACCCUACCGGAGUGUCCGGUGAGAUCAUCACAAUGGUAGCAGCCCUGCCGUACAUCAAGGCUCGUCAGCUUUUCACAACAACUUUGCCAAAUGCAGCAAACUUUUCAUUUGACUAUCACCUCGCCGUCAUCCUCAUCAUCGCGUCGUAUGCACCUUUCUUCCCACAACUUUUUGGCCACCUCUUGAAGCAGCGGACCAAAUUUCUGCAUUCCAAGCAAGAGACCAAGAAGGCAUAAAAAAAAAAUGCUUACAGGGUUGCCAUAUCAUUGGGUCAUGCUUGGUUGUUCUUCGCUGCUGCAGAUACAAUCCGUUAUGACAUGCCACUUCUCAAUGCUACAUUCCACAAAUUUGUCUUGCAAUCUCUUUUCUUUUACUAUUUUUCAUUCUCUGUAGCUCUGGUUUAUGGGACUGUCGUAAUGUUACGUAUUUGGUUGAAUGUGACUAAAAACUGUGCUCAAUGCCAGGAAAAUGCAAAAAAACUACUUAAGUAUUUUUAUACAAUAUACACAUGUUGUGCUGGUGUGAGACAAAAUAAAUGACACACUUUUCAUAUUA